UGUGUUGUGAUUCUUGUGAUUUGUGUGUGCAACUGUUUUGAUUCUUGCGGAUCUAGUGGUGUUGUGCUCAGUGAAGUAUCUAAUAAUAAUAUAGUAGUGUUUUGAGUGUGUCUGUGCUGUGAAAGUGUGCCAAGAUGAUGACCCUGUACCGCACCAUCAAAGGGACCAGCACGACCAAGAGAAAAAGACGGGAGAGGAGUUUGGGUCCAUUCGAGGCAGUGCUCGGCGGCGAGAUGGUGUCGCGGCGACGUAUAUUAUCGCGGUCGCGGGACGACCUCACGCAGGCCUUCGCCCCGCAGCCCGAGGAUGAGGAGGACGUUUGGUACCAAAAGGAUAAAUUAUAUAAGGAACACAUCCAGGAGGUGCUGGACAAGUGGACGCAGAUCGACGACGAGAUCUGGGCGAAGGUGAUCGUGUUCGAGCGCAACCGACGCGUGGCGAAGGCGUACGCGCGCGCCCCCGUCCUCACCAUCAACGGCUCCGACGACGGCUUCGACGGCAUGAGAAUCGGGCUCUGCGGCUUCGACAACCCCCACAGAGAUCAGAAAACAGACGAACUGAAAAAACACAUAGGACAGGGUGUCAAGAUCAAGAUGGACGACGCCGGCAACAUACUCAUCCGGCGCUACUCGAAGAGCAGCGUGGUCGUGAAGAGUACGGCGGGCCCGGGCGAGGAGUCCGCCAUCGGCCAGGACGUCACCAAGCUGCCAGGCAUGGCACUGGAGCACGAGAAGAUAUUCAAGCUGUUCGACAUGAAGAAGUUCCAGUCGAACGUGAACCGAGAGCUGCGGCGCUCGUACCCGGAUCGCCGGCGCCUGGAGACGCAGUGCCUCAGCGCCGUGGCCUUCGUGCGCGCCGAGCCCGAGCUGCUGGACUGCCCCGUCUGGGUGCUCGUCGUCAACGUCGUCGCCAUGGACAUGCUCAAGUCCAAGCUGCCGCCAGCAGUCCAGCGGCCGAUGGACAUCAAGAACAGACCGCGCAUCCCCAUCCCGGACGAGGACCCGUACAGCAUCGCCAGCUCCAACGCCAACGGCUCCGGCUCCAGCGGCAGCUCCGGCGGCUACGGCCCCCCCGGCCUCAACGGCCUCAACGGGCACGGCGUGGUGGCCGCCACCCGUGAGCAGCUGCUCAUGCAGAUGGGCCAGCGUCGCGGCGAGAGGCCGCCCAAGCUGCCGCCGCGCGAGAACCCCUACCCCGCCGACAUACCCAAGCCCGACUACGACGACAUCGAAUCCGGCGAGCGCGCGCCCGCGCCCGUCGCGCAGUUCCCGCGCGGCCGCUCGGACAAGGGCAAGGACAACAAGAAAUACGAUGAUCCGUACUACUGCGGGCUGCGCGCGCGCGUUCCCAACUUCGUGAAGGCGCCGGCGGGAGGCGCGGGAGGCAAGCACGCGCUGCCGGCCAUGGCGGAGCGGCUGAGUCUGGCGGACGCGCCGGCGCCCAGCAAGCGCUACAGCCUGCACCACCCCGCGCCGCUGCCGCUGCAGCCCCUGCAGCCUCUGCAGCCCUACCACCCCGUGCCGCAGGCCGCCCUGUGGCACGCGCGCUCCUACGAGAGCGGAAUCGACGGCGAGGGGUUCGACCCGUACGCGGUGUACGGCCGCCUGCCUGCGCGCGCCUACCCCCUCGCGCCCCCGCACCGGCCCCACAUGUUCAUCGGCGACUGGGACUAGGCCGGCUCCGCCCCGCGCCGCCCCGCGCCGGCCAGGCCCCGCCCCCGCUCUGUAAAUAGCGUGUACAUUGUAUACAUUGUAACCGAUAGAUUUAGUUUUGUCGCGAAGGCUUUGCGGCCUCGCGAGUUCCGCCGACGUUAUCGAGUCGCAUUCGACCGAACGUUCGCCCCCCCCCCCCCCCCCCCCCCCCCCCAUCUCGUGGCUCGCCUUUAAUCUGUUUCCGGGGGUCAAGCUAUGUUCGGUCUAAUGCCGUCGAGUUCGGAGGUUCGAGUGGAAUGUGAACACUGCCAAUAUGUUAUGUAUGUACUUAGUAUGUACGCGGUGCCGCCGCGGCGAAUGUGGCGCGACACGAUCCUAGUCAGUACAGGGUUGGGAGUGUCUACGUGUUGAAAUUAGUACCGGUACCUACAGUAUGAUGUAUAUUUACCCAAAAACUUUUUUCUCUAAAAGUUUUAGAUUGAAAUUUUUAAUGUAAUUUAUAUUUCGAUGUUAUUUUCUGUGUUUCCCCGGCCCGGUGAGUCGGGGUGUUAUCGUUGACCAUGUUACGUAGGUACUUAAAUUUUUUGUCAUAAUAUUAUAAAUACUAAUACUACCGUUAGACUUAGUACUGUACAUAGUCGCUAGUGAACUUAUUUAUAAGGUACGCAAAGUAACUCAACGUAUUCUGCGUGUUCGGACGUCGCUACUUUAAUACUCAACCUAGCUAAAUCUUGUAUAAAUUAGACAUUUUUAUACUUUUGUAUGUCUAUAUUUACUGCGUAAUUUAAAUAUUAUAGCGUAUAGGAAGCACUGUCGUGUAUGUAUAUUCGUGUUGAGUGCGUACGACGUACGUAGGUAUAGAUAGGUAGGUAAGUACUCGACGGGAGGAGGCGCACCGGUCCGAAGGGCCCGUCUGACGGAAGUAACUUCGGAUCGGUGCGAUAGAGUGUACUAGGUGUUAUAAUUCUUCUCGUGGUAGGUACGAAAUAAUUUUAUAGUUUGGGCCUAGUUUCUAACGAGCUGGGUAAUUUUACACACCUAAAGUUAAGGUGGGGAGGUGAGCAACGAAAGUUUUAGUCGAGGGAGACGCGAUAAGUUUUACACAAAAUUAUAUUGGAGUGAGUCGAAUUGUGGUUCGGCCGAAUAGAAAUUGCAAAGGUGCUAUACAGGUUACCAAUCGUAUCGAGAGCUAGGAACGUAAGAUAAUAUUUACGACAAACUCGACCUAAGUUUACUGUAGUGGAGUAUAUUUAGCGCGUAGCCCGAUGUCUAUAUUAUUGUAAAUUGUAAACGUAAGUAGACGUGUUAACAGUUCGACGGCGCCGGUCGUGAGGCGAUUUCUGUCAGAAACUCGGAAAUCGUUCUCAGGACGGCGCGCGCAGCACCCUGUGUAGCGCGGGUGUUGGUUACAGUAACAUACGAUAAGGAACAUAAUGUUAUGUACGAAUCAAAUA